UAGAGUGACAUCCGACUUCGAAAAGUAAGUGAAGUCAUCCUAAUACAAGGGGAGGAACCAGCGAGUUCGAGUCAAAGUUCCUGAUACCUGUUUCAUCAAGAUUCAUCUCUUCUCAGUGACCUAACCUUAAAAUCUGAAGGCCCAAACGCUGUUUUUUUGGUCUAUUUCUUUAAAGUAAAUAGCACCAGCUAUAAGAGACUCUUACAACUAAAUUUCUUUUUAAAUUAAAAAAAAAAAAAAACAGUUAAUCCAAAAUUCAUAUUUCGAUUUUUCUAACCUUCAAAUCGGAAAUCUAUACUCAAGGUCAAAAGACUGACUCGAUCUAUUUCCGUCGCCAAGUGUUGUUAUAAAACCACACUUUUUGUAAAUCGAACGGAUACCCGUAUUUAUAUUGAAAUUCCUUUCAAUAAAGCCAAAUCAAAAGUGAGUAUUCUAAUUUGACAAUUGAGAAUUCGGUAUUCAAGGGCAAAAGACUGAUAGUGAAUGAGAUAGUACCUAUUUUUUUGAGAAUGUCUGCGAUUUGCAAAGGAGGGGCUGUGAGGGCUGUUUUCAGAAACGCAGUUCAGAGCGUUAGACAAGUUUCUACACAAAGUGAAGUUAAUGAGGUUCCAGAAGAGGAAAUCAAGAAGUCUGUUUUCAUCUCCCAGUCGACAGAUAUUCACACAAAUUUAGCUCUGGAGGACUGGUUUUAUAGAAAUCAUGAUUUGAAGAAUCAUCAUAUUUUGUUGUUGUGGAAAAACGACCCGUGUGUUGUGAUCGGAAGACAUCAGAAUCCGUGGAUGGAGGCGAAUGUACAGGCAGUUGAAGAUAAUGGAAUUGCACUGGCGAGGAGAAAUAGUGGAGGUGGAACUGUUUAUCAUGAUGCUGGCAAUUUGAAUAUGUCUUUUUUUACGCCAAGGGAGAGAUAUAAUAGGAGAUACAACUUGGACAUCAUUACCAGGGCUAUCUUUCGAGAGUGGGGAUUGAAGAUUACUGUGAAUAAGAGGGAAGAUAUCGUGGUGCAAAAUGAAUUCAAAGUUUCUGGAACUGCAGCCAAAUUAGGAAGACCCAAUGCCUAUCACCAUUGCACUUUACUCGUAGAUGUGAACAAACGUGCCCUGAGUAUGGCUCUUGAAAAGAAAGAGACUGGAAUCACAACGAAUGCAACACAAUCAACGCGUUCGCUAGUUAAAAACCUGACCGAUGUGAAUAGUCACAUCAGAACAGACAAAUUGCUGAAUGCCGUUGGCUGGGAAUAUCUUCGAACAAAGGCUCUCGUCCUUGAAGACGGAGGCUACAAUCUUGUUCAAAAACAAAAGGGGUUCCAAAUGAUAAAUCCCACGGAAGACUGGUUCCCAGGUAUCAAUAAUCUCGUCAGCGAUUUUAGUUCCUGGGACUGGACUUACGGAAAGACACCAAAGUUUACUGUGACUCGUCACGUCGAGAUGACAGCGCCAAACGGUUCUAGUCAUCGUUUGAAAUUAAUCCUAGAGGUAGUAAACGGGAUCGUAGAAGAUAUACAGAUGGCUUUGCCAGUCGAUUUAGUUCCUUCUGGCUGUAAUCAGAACGCGAGUGUGAUUACAAAUCUCCGGGGUACAAGGUACAGCCACGGUUUGACUGAGAGUAUAAUUGCUGCGACUGGGGGCAAAACAAUCCAUAUCGAGACUGCUCAAAACACGGAUGAGAAUAACGUUGCAGCUACUCAAUGAUUAUCACUGCCGGAUAACAGUGAGGACGAAGAUACCUGAUUAAACAUAGUAAAAAUUUAUCUAAUAAUAAGAGAGGGAUGCCUCCUAAUUUUUGUCGGUUGUAUAAAGUAUAUUUUAAUACAAAUAUAUAUUUAAGAAUAUUAUUCUCAAUCUAAAAUUUAAUUGCUGUUGAUAGGAAGGAUAGUUACGAACUUCGAUGUGAUAAUUUUUUAUUAUAUUUUAUUAAAAACUAGUUUCUGUUUAAUUACUUCUAAUCUGCGUCAACAAAGACGCGACAGUUUCUAUAGCUACUAGAAAAAUAAAGGACUAGAAACUUA